AUGGGUCGCGUGCUACAGAAGAAGAAAAACCGGUCCUCGACGCCGAAACAGAAGCCCAAGAGGACCGGGCAGCUGAAGAGCGGCAAGAAGAAGAUCAACGUCCUGGGAAAUGCCAUCAUCGCUCAAAAUUGGGAUCGCAAAUUGACCCUGACACAAAACUACCGCCGCUUGGGACUCGUUCACAAACUCAAUGCUCCGACUGGCGGUAGCGAAAAAAGGCCGACCAAAGAUGGACGCAUCGAGGAGCUGCCCGAGGAUCCCCUCCACAUCAGGGGCAGUGCCAAAGCGUCCGCAAAGCAGGCAGCCAUGGGCGAGACUAGGGUGGAACGCGAUCCGGAAACAGGCAAAAUCAUCCGAGUGAUUCGUGACGAAGAGGAGAUUGAAAUUGGCGGCCGCAAAGUCAAACCUUCGAAUCCGCUCAACGACCCGCUGAACGAAUUGUCUGAAGAUGAGGCAGCCCAGCAACCCGCUUCACAAAGAGCCAAUGCCAAGAGCGCGAUUGUUCAACAGCUGGAGCGUCAGGCAGACCAAGAAGGGCAGGCAGUCAAGGCGAAAAAGCCCCGGCACCAGAGCAAGCGGGAGGAGGAAUGGAUUAUGAGAUUGAUCGAGCGUCAUGGAGAGAACUACAGCGCCAUGGCUCGUGAUAGGAAGUUGAAUCCUAUGCAACAGAGCGAGGGUGAUUUGAAACGGAGGAUUCGCAAGUGGAAGGCGAACCACUCCUCAUAG